AUGACAAGGAAGAACACCUUCAUUAUAUCAGCUUUUCUCGUUGUAAGUACCAUAGGUAUUCUGGUCUUUGUCACCACACGCCAUAUUCAUCAGAAUCUUGGUUCGGUUCAAGGACGGGAACGCGCCGUUUACUUGUUCUCAGACGUUCACAAUGAGACUACAAGCAAAAAUGUAUGCCAAACUCAUGAGUGUCACGCAGUCGCCGAUUACAUAAAAAGUUCCAUCGAUUCGACGGUUGAUCCAUGUGAUGACUUUUUUGCGUUUUCUUGUGGUGGAUGGAUCCGACGGAAUCCAAUUCCCAAAAGUUAUAAUGAUUACUCCACAUUUACCAAGCUAUCUAAAGUUAUAGAGGGUGAAAUUCGUGGCCUUCUCCAAACGUCAAAAAUGUUGCAUGACAUUCCUCAUAACGAGGCUCUGACGAAAACGAGAGACUUGUAUCACUCAUGCAUGGACGUUAAUCAAAUUGAAAAGCUCGGUCCAUUACCAAUGCUUGAUUUUAUUCAAGAGAUAGGCUCGUGGAGCAUCUGCCAUAAUGGUAGUUGGAAAAAGUCUUCGUGGGAUAUUUACAGAGUAUUACAGAAUGUACAGAGUACAUAUUAUCCUGCAUCGCCUUUCUUCUCGGUAGAGGUCACAAAUGAUCAUCUUAACUCCACCAAGCAUUUGAUAAAGAUUGAUCAGUCAGGUCUGAGUCUUCAACGGGAGAUUUACUUUAAACAUCCUGAGAUGGUGGACAUUUAUGUAGAAUAUAUGGCAACAGUUGCCUCUCUCCUUGGAACAAAAUGUAACACAACCGAAAAAAUGCGUCAAAUCAUGGAUUUUGAAACAAAACUGGCUAGGUUCACAACGUCAGCUGAAGACAAAGCUGAAGGAAUUUACAGGAGAAUGAACCUCCACAGCCUCAUUCAAAUCGUUCCUCAGUUUCCUUGGUUAGAUCAUAUGCAGGCCAUAUUUAAAGGAGCAAAUGUGACUGAGGCAGAUAUUGUGUUGACCACUUCAACAUCAUAUCUUCGGAAAAUGGCAACACUUUUGAAGAACACCUCUAAAGAGUUACUCUCUAACUACGUGGUGUGGCAAAUGAUCCGAGACAAAGUAAGUCUACUGUCAGAUCCUUUCAGAAAGGCCCGAGCCAAGUUCAAUGAGCGUAUAUCUGGAGUGAAGGACACAGAUCCUAGAUGGCGCACAUGCACGGGAAUCACUAACGACAACAUGGGCGUUCCAAUCGGUUCCCUAUACGUACAGAAUUUCUUUGAUCAGUCCGCAAUUUCUAAGACCCACUCGAUGGUCGAUGAGAUUAAGGAGACCUUUAAGAGAAGAGUGAAACAACAUGAUUGGAUUGAUGAUAAAACAACACAAUACGUCUUUGAAAAGGCUGACGCUUUAGGAAGUAAGAUUGGCUAUGCAAAAUACGUGGUUAGCCCAAAGGAACUCGUAUCGCGCUUCUCAAGACUCUCAAUAAACUCAAAGGCCUUUUUCAAGAACAACAUCGAAGUGGAUAAAUGGGUGAGAAACCGACUCUUUGCCAAACUUCGAAAGGCAGUCGACAAAGAGAAAUGGCCAAUGUUUCCACAGACAAUAAAUGCCAUGUAUCAGUUCUAUGAAAAUGAGAUAGUGAUUCCAGCUGGUAUACUUCAGUCUCCUUUCUUCUACUCUGCCAAAAUUCCGAGGUCUUUAAGUUAUGGCGCUUUAGGAUCCAUCAUAGGACAUGAGCUCACCCAUGGUUUUGACAACACCGGUCGAAAAUUCGAUAAAAAUGGAGAUAUCGUUAAGGAAUGGUGGAGCAAGCAAUCUCUUAUCGAAUUUAACAGGAGAUCUCAGUGCAUCGAAAAACAGUACUCGAAAUUUAAAGUUCAAGGGAAAUAUCCGAUCAGUGGGAAAGUGACACUUGGAGAGAACAUUGCGGACAAUGGUGGAACUAAACUUUCAUAUUUUGCAUAUCACGAUUGGCUUACAAAGCAUGGUGGUGAAGAGGAGUAUGCACUUCCUAGCUUGCACUACACUAACGAUCAACUAUUUUUCAUCGGAUAUGCUCAGGAGUAUUGCAGCCAUGCUCGACCUAAAACAGAGUACAUUUCUACGCUGAGUGAGAUUCAUGCACCACCCAAGUUUAGGGUUAUUGGAACUCUCUCUAAUUUCAGGGAGUUCUCUGAAGCGUUUAAUUGUCCUACCAAUAGUACCAUGAACCCUGUGAGGAAGUGUGAGGUGUGGUAAAGCAGAAGAUUUUGUGCCGUAGGAGGCGUCAGAAGAACUCUUAGUAUACUUUAUAGUAACUCUCAACCAUAAGAGCUAGAAUGUCGAAGUCACCUUUUUUCAGUGACAUUUUUGACUUUGCAGCUUUAAAAGCAUUGCUUGGCUUAUAACAUGUUCAACACUACAUCUAGUGACUUCUGUUUCCUUGUCAACAAUACAUAUAUUUUCUUAAUAGAAUAUCAAUUUUCGUAGACCAGAACUUAGACCCUUGGCAGGACACAACCAAUCGAAAUUGACAGGAGUACCUCGUGCUUCAUGUUAAUUGUUUGUUUGGUUUUUUUUUGGUGAAUGCAGAAUCAUAGUUUGGCGCGUCUUUUGACACUUAUUAAAAAUUUAACAACGAGCAAGAAAUUCAAAACAAGCAUGGUCCAAAUGCCAUGUCAUAAACUAUUUAUUUACCUAGCUAUUCAAGGGAAUAUUGGCUCGAGAGUUAAAUCUUUUCCCAUCCUGCCCGACCUUGCUCAGUCAAUAAGCAUUUCAUCAUAUGACCAUUUUUGCUCUUCGUUUAGGAGGAGUAAGUAGGAGGUCAAUACCUGUACUUUCGGAGUAGCUUGGCAACUGAAAUAGUUCUGCGUCAGAAAUUUCGCCAA